CGCUGCGCCCAGGUGGCGGCUCAGAGCUUGUCAGCUAGUGUGUUGGCUGGAAGGCCGUUAGGGUUCCGGACCCGCUGGGGCCCAGUCUCUACCGUGAGGCGUCGGUGCGUCGGGGACCAUGAACCGCAGCCGCCAGGUGACGUGCGUGGCCUGGGUCCGCUGCGGCGUGGCCAAAGAGACGCCAGACAAGGUAGAGCUUAGUAAAGAAGAAGUGAAACGUCUCAUUGCCGAAGCAAAGGAAAAAUUACAAGAAGAAGGUGGUAGUGAUGAAGAGGAGACAGGUGAUCCUUCAGAGGAUGGCAUGCAGAGUGCCCGUACCCAGGCACGACCGAGGGAGCCCUUAGAGGAUGGCGACCCAGAGGAUGACAGGACCCUGGAUGAUGAUGAGCUGGCCGAAUACGACCUAGAUAAAUAUGAUGAGGAAGGUGACCCAGAUACUGAAACUCUUGGUGAAUCUCUUUUGGGUCUUACAGUCUAUGGGAGUAAUGAUCAAGAUCCUUAUGUUACUCUGAAAGAUACGGAGCAAUAUGAACGGGAAGAUUUCUUGAUUAAGCCCAAUGACAAUCUCAUAGUUUGUGGCAGAGCUGAACAGGACCAGUGCAAUUUAGAGGUACAUGUUUAUAAUCAAGAAGAAGAUUCUUUUUAUGUACACCAUGAUAUCCUGUUGUCUGCAUACCCUCUGAGUGUGGAAUGGCUGAAUUUUGAUCCUAGCCCAGAUGAUUCGACUGGAAAUUAUAUUGCUGUGGGAAACAUGACCCCCGUUAUUGAAGUGUGGGACCUUGAUAUAGUGGACUCUUUAGAGCCAGUCUUCACACUUGGAAGUAAGCUAUCAAAAAAGAAGAAAAAGAAAGGAAAGAAGAAUUCCUCAGCAGAUGGGCAUACUGAUGCUGUCCUUGACCUUUCUUGGAAUAAAUUGAUCAGAAACGUACUGGCAAGUGCAUCAGCUGAUAACACUGUAAUUCUGUGGGACAUGUCCUUGGGGAAACCAGCAGCUAGUCUUGCCGUACACACAGACAAGGUACAGACUCUUCAGUUUCAUCCAUUUGAAGCACAGACUCUAAUUUCUGGAUCAUAUGAUAAGUCAGUAGCUCUGUAUGACUGCCGGAGUCCAGAUGAAAGCCAUCGAAUGUGGCGAUUCAGUGGGCAGAUUGAAAGAGUGACUUGGAAUCACUUUUCACCUUGUCAUUUUUUGGCCAGUACAGAUGACGGCUUUGUAUAUAAUUUGGAUGCACGUUCAGAUAAGCCAAUUUUUACACUUAAUGCACACAAUGAUGAAAUCUCUGGUCUUGAUCUAAGCAGUCAAAUCAAGGGCUGUCUUGUGACUGCAUCAGCAGAUAAGUAUGUGAAGAUCUGGGACAUAUUAGGAGACAGGCCAAGUCUAGUUCACUCAAGGGACAUGAAAAUGGGAGUUCUCUUCUGUUCUUCCUGUUGUCCUGAUUUGCCAUUUAUUUAUGCUUUUGGAGGUCAGAAAGAAGGGCUUCGGGUCUGGGACAUAAGUACAGUCUCUUCAGUAAAUGAAGCAUUUGGAAGACGAGAGAGGCUUGUUCUCGGCAAUACAAGAAAUUCAUCUAUUAGUGGCCCUUUUGGGAGCAGAAGCUCAGAAACACCAAUGGAAUCUUAAAAAGCUGGCCUAAAAAUGUUCCCUGUGUAGCUGCAACCAUGCACACAACAAACAGAACUGCCAGACAUUCCUCUCUGCAACUGCGGGGGCAGCAGACAGGGCUGGUCGUUGUGCGUACCUUUCAAGCUUGUGAUAUGUAUGCUCCACCUGCAUUUCUUGAAAGGGAUAAUAAAAGUUUGUUUUUUUUUUUUUUUAA